AUGAAUUCCAAUGAUUCAUCAUCAUCGUCCGAACUCAAAUCAUCAUUAGAAAUGCAAGGAAUCAAAAAAGUCUUAACUACUCAAAGUAUCAAUCCAAACAUUCUCAAGACGUCCUAUGCCGUCCGUGGUAAGGUCGUGAUUCGUGCCAAUCAAAUUGAGCAUGAAUUAAAGACCAAUCCAUCUGCCUUUGCUUUCCAAGAUAUUGUCUAUUGUAAUAUUGGUAAUCCACAACAAUUGAAGCAAAAGCCUUUAACUUUCCAUCGUAAUGUCCUCUCAUUGCUGACUGCUUCCCAUUGGUUAGAGGAUUCAUCCAAGAAGGAACUCUUGAGCCAAAUGGUGAAUCGGGACGUAUUAGAACGAGCCGAGAGAAUCUUGUCCAACAUUGAUUCCAAAUCGACAGGUGCCUACACUCACUCCCAAGGCUAUGAAUUUGUUCGUGCCGAUGUUGCUGAAUUCAUUGAGAAGAGAGAUGGACUCAAGAAGGGAACCAUCCACACCGAGAGAAUCUUCCUAACAGAUGGAGCCUCUCCUGGUGUUCAAUUGUGUUUGAAAACUUUGAUCCGAAAUGAACACGAUGGUAUCAUGAUUCCAAUUCCUCAAUAUCCAUUGUAUUCGGCUACGAUUGAUUUGUGUGGAGGUUCUCAAGUUCCUUACUAUUUGGAGGAAGAGAGUGGAUGGGGAUUAACCAUGCCAGAAUUGGAGAGAGCCUAUGAAGCAGCAGUCAAGAAGGGACAACACGUACGAGCUUUGGUAAUUAUCAACCCUGGAAAUCCAACAGGACAAGUCUUGGAAAGGUCACACAUGGAACAAGUGAUUCAAUUUUGUAUCAAGAAGGGAGUGGUCUUGUUGGCAGAUGAAGUCUAUCAAGAAAAUAAUUAUACCAAUGGAAAGAAACCAUUCUAUAGCUUUAACAAGAUUGCAUAUGAAAUGGGAGUUGAAAAACAAUUGGAAAUGAUUAGCUUCCACAGUGUUUCUAAGGGGUUCACUGGUGAAUGUGGACGAAGAGGUGGCUACUUCCAAUUGGGUGAAGCUGUUGAUGCUGCUGUUAAGGAAGAACUUUACAAGAUUAGUAGCGUGAAUUUGUGUCCAAAUGCUGAUGGACAAAUUAUGGUUGAUUUAAUGGUCCGUCCACCUGCUCCAGGAGAAGCUUCCUACGAUGAAUAUGUCAAGGAAAGAGAUGCCAUCUUGAAUAGCUUGAAACGAAGAGCUGAAAAGUUGGUCAAGAUGUUGAACAGUUUGGAAGGCGUCAGUUGUCAACCAGUGGAAGGUGCCAUGUAUGCAUUCCCACAAAUUACCUUGCCAGAGAAGGCCAUCCACAAGGCUAAGGAGUUGGGUAUGGCUCCUGACUUGAUGUAUGUUUUGGAAUUGCUCGAGCAAACUGGUAUUUGCGUUGUUCCUGGAUCAGGUUUCCAACAAAAACCAGGUACUCAUCACUUUAGAACUACCAUUCUUCCAAGUGAGGAACAAAUUGAGGGAGUUGUUGACAGAAUGGCUAAUUUCCACGCCAAAUUUAUGAAGCAAUACAAGUAA